AUGGCUUAUAGACGUUUUGUAUGGAAAUUUGGAGGUCGAAGAAGAACAACAGAAAUGUCAAGCAUUCCAGAAGAGAUAUACUAUGAAAUCCUCUUACGGUUACCAGUGAAAUCUCUAUUAACUUGUAAGGGCGUUUGCAAGAACUGGUAUGCUCUAAUCUCAACCUCUGGUUUCGUUAAAACCUAUGUUACUAUUCAGAAAAAUAACCCUAUUCUCAUGCUUGAAGCCAAUCGUUACUUUUACUCCAUGGCUUAUGAUUCAUUUCCAUCAUCACCUGUGUGUGAAAUUAAAGAUGAUGUUAUUAAAGUGGAUCACCCACAUCAUUGUGUUGGAUUCUUGGGUUCAUGUAAUGGUCUUUUUUGCAUACGGAUAUGGUUGCUUGUUGGCCGUGGUUAUAAUAGGGAUGUAUUGUGUCUUUGGAACCCAUCCACAGGAGAAUAUAAAGAAUUACCUGAAUCACCAAUUGGAUUUAGGAGAGACAAUGUUUACAUGGUUUUGGUUAUGACCACAAGACUGAUGAUUACAAGUUGGCAAUAG